AUCCCUCCGCCGUGCUACCACUAGGCGGCGCGAGCGCGGCUCUAUAUCACGACACCCGGCAAGGCCUCUCCUUUGCGGUCGCUGACUGGUGACGUUGCGCGUUUGCUGUACGGCUCCUCCCUUUCUCCUCGCGUGAAGAUGGCCGGUGGGACUCUGUAUACAUACCCUGAUAACUGGAGGGCAUACAAGCCCCUCAUCGCUGCCCAGUAUUCAGGGUUUCCCAUCACUGUUGCUUCCUCUGCCCCAGAAUUCCAGUUUGGUGUAACUAACAAAACACCCGAAUUCCUGAAGAAGUUUCCUCUGGGGAAGGUUCCAGCAUUUGAGGGGAAUGACGGCUUCUGUCUGUUUGAGAGCAGUGCCAUCGCUCACUAUGUGGGUAAUGAGGAACUCCGUGGAUCAUCCCGCUUAGACCAGGCCCAGGUCCUUCAAUGGGUCAGUUUUGCAGACAACCACAUUGUCCCUCCGGCCAGUGCUUGGGUUUUCCCAACUCUGGGCAUCAUGCAGUUCAACAAACAGGCCACAGAGCAAGCUAAGGAGGAGGUGAAACUUAUCCUUGCUACCUUAGAUGCUCAUCUUAAGACCCGGACGUUCUUGGUUGGUGAGAGGAUCACACUGGCUGACAUUGCUGUUACAUGCUCCCUGCUAUGGCUUUACAAACAGGUCUUGGAUCCAUCCUUCCGUCAGCCUUUUGGUAAUGUCACUAGGUGGUUUGUGACAUGUGUGAAUCAACCCCAGUUCCGUGCGGUCUUGGGAGAGGUGAAGCUGUGUGACAAGAUGGCUCAGUUUGAUGCUAAGAAGUUUGCAGAAUUGCAGCCUAAGAAAGAGACCCCCAAGAAAGAGAAACCUGCAAAAGAGCAGAAGAAAGAGAAGGAGGAGAAGAAGCCCACACCUGCCCCAGCACCAGCCACAGAGGAAGAUCUUGAUGAAUCUGAAAAGGCUCUUGCAGCAGAGCCUAAAUCCAAGGACCCCUAUGCUCACCUUCCUAAGAGCUCCUUCAUUAUGGAUGAAUUCAAAAGAAAAUAUUCAAAUGAAGACACUCUCUCAGUGGCUCUGCCUUAUUUCUGGGAGCACUUUGACAAAGAGGGCUGGUCCAUUUGGUAUUCCGAUUACCGUUUCCCUAAUGAACUCACUCAGACCUUUAUGAGCUGCAACCUCAUUACAGGUAUGUUCCAGCGUUUGGACAAGCUACGUAAAACCGGUUUUGCCAGCGUUAUUCUUUUUGGAAAUAACAAUGCCAGCUCAAUCUCUGGAGUGUGGGUGUUCAGAGGCCAGGAUUUGGCAUUCACACUGUCUGAGGAUUGGCAAAUAGACUAUGAAUCCUACAACUGGAGGAAGCUGGACUCUGAUAGCGAGGAGUGCAAAACACUUGUGAAAGAGUAUUUCUGCUGGGAAGGAGAGUUCAAGCAUGUGGGCAAACCCUUCAACCAGGGCAAAAUCUUCAAGUGAGGACCCUGGGGAGGGGGAGAGGAGCUGUCUAUCCUUUGAAGAGCUGUUUUGGUUGUGCUGAUAACUGUUCUCUUCAAAUGUAACACUCAGACCUUUUAACUUAAGACGGCAAACAAAAAAUAAAAAGUCAAAUAUC